AACCAGGGGAUAGUCUCAGUUUAUUUAGCCGUUAGCACUUGAAACUUGUUCAAUGGGAAUUAUCCUAAGAAAGGUUGCGAGAAAUUACCGGGGAUUAUGAAAUGGCAUUGAACUGAAUAAGCAAAGACACGAGAGUUAGCGGGCUUUUCACGGUUAGACAAAAAGGAUCGUCGAAAUGUCGUCGACAGAUGAACUCCGCGAGGUUCAAGUUGAAAUUCGAGGAACUGAACAUGCAGCACAGCAUGGACAUCAGAUGAACAUGGAAAACAGAGAUCCAGCUGCCAUGAACGACCACGUGAAGGUAUUUUUCCAAGAUGUUUUCGCGGAACCUGAAGGCUCUCACAGCAUCGAGGGAGUUUGGCGCACAAGCUUCAAAGCAUUUGUCAACACCAAAUACUGGUGCUAUCGGAUAAUUACAGCGAUUCUUGGUAUUCCUACUGCAGUACUUUGUGGUUUAUACUUCGCCUGCCUCAGUUUUGACUACAUAUGGUGCAUAAUGCCUUGUCUGAGAGCGUACAUCAUUGAGUUACAGUGUCUGGGCAAGGUCUUCGGGCUUUGUGUGAGGACAUUUUUCGAUCCAUUCUUUGAAUCGGUUGGGAAAGUAUUUGGAGGAAUCAAGGUUUCAACUCAAAGAGUAUGACUGAUUGAUGUCUAUAGUGAUCAUAUCUACAGCGGAACUUUUUGUCAUCUAAGAACGAUUGUAUAUGAUGCUGCUAGAAGUGAAUUACGGCUGUAUUUAUUAGAGAACUGGUAUCAACGCAGAAGCUGAGGUGCUCAUAACUUGCUCUCUCAAAAUAAUUUUUUCUGGAUCAAACUUUUACUGUUAACUCUUUCACUCCCAAGAUCCGAUCA